AGUUCAGUUGGCAUCGGACUUUCGUCUGGAGAGGAACGAUCGGUUGGAGUAGGGUUCAGUUAACACUCAACAAAAUCUCAAGAUGCAGAAGACCGCGGUAAAUGCUCUCCCAGAAGAGCCGAUUUCUAACGUUAAAAGAUUUCCCCGAGAGCUUCUCUAUCUCUGUGCAAUUCUCCUGAUGCUCGUGGCCUUAGUGGCCGGCUAUUCCCUUUGGGUGAUGACCCACACCACGAGUUCUCCGAACAAAAGCCUGCACAUACUCGAUCGCAGCGAAUGGCAGGGGGAACCCCCGAGCGGAAAGUACCCGCACCUUAAGCUGCCCGUCUCCAAUGUGAUUAUCCACCACACGGCCACCGAAGGAUGCGAACAGGAGGAUGUUUGCAUAUACCGAAUGCAGACCAUUCAGGCAUACCACAUGAAAUCUCUGGGCUGGGUCGACAUUGGCUACAACUUUCUGGUGGGAGGCGAUGGUCAAGUCUACGUGGGACGCGGUUGGCAUAUCCAGGGUCAGCAUGUCAAGGGAUACGGCGCUAUAUCCAUUAGUAUUGCCUUCAUCGGAACCUUUGUGAAUAUGGAGCCACCGAUGCGACAAAUUGAAGCUGCCCGGCGACUAAUGGAUGAGGGAGUACGACUUCAUAGACUGCAACCAGACUACCAUAUCUACGCCCACCGACAAGUCAGUCCCACCGAAAGUCCUGGCCAGAAGCUAUUCGAACUCAUGCAGAAUUGGCCUCGCUUUACGCCAGAUGCGACAUCACUGCGCCUCCUCAGCAAUGCCACCUUGAAGUUUGUCACACGACCUUAUUGGCUUGCCCAGCCACCAACGGUUGCGCUUAGUCCUCUAAAACUUCCUGUUGAGACUGUGAGAUUUGUAUCCACCAAUACUCAAUCCUGUGCCACCCAAGCCGAGUGCAUUUUCCGGGUGCGCCUCUUGCAAAGUCUUCAUAUCGAGAGCAUUGGCUACAAGGAUAUUAACUUUAAUUUCGUGGCGGCUGGAGAUGGCCACAUUUACGAGGGAAGAGGUUGGGACCACAGCUGUGAGGCCUCAAAAGAUGGAGAUGAUCACGAUCUCAAAGAACUUGUGGUGGCCUUUGUGGGUCCCUCAAGUGGCAAUAAAAAUCUAGCCCUAGAGCUAAUACAACAAGGCAUCAAACUGGGUCACAUAAGCAAGGAUUAUAGUCUAAUUGACGACUCAGAAAAGUCAUAGAAAACUGGAAGCAGGGGGGAAUGAAGCUUUACCAGUGCCAUCCCUGUGCCAUCUUUCCAAGUGAUAUUAAUUUAAGGACUAGCUUAAGUCAUCGAAGAUAUCUCAUACGGAAUACGUCAUUAGUCUCCUUUGUAUUUAUAGAAAUAAACAUGCCUUUAUUGAGUUUCAACA